UACUUCAUAUUUGAACUCUAAUGUUCAAAUUGAGGAUUAAUACUAUGACAAUUCCAAUGGCAUCUGACCCCACCAAUCCCACAAGAUAUUGUAGAGAAACCUUUGUAUGCAUCCUGGAGAGAAGUAGGUGGGUGUGGAGAAGGGGCACACACACAGCUGGUGGGAGCAAGCCUACGUCUAGACGUUGUGCUCCAAAACCGUAGCAAUGGUUAAAAAAGUCAGGGGCACGGAAUUGCUUGCUUCCCCUCUGCUAGUCCUGCUGGCCCUAAAGUUUACCAUCAUGUCUAUUUUCCCAGAGAGUUGUACCAAGGUGGAACUCCAGAGAGGAACCCUCCCCCUCACCCCAGGCUUGGCAGGAGUUUGUUAUGCUAAUGCUCACAGAUGAAGACAGACAGGUAUAUAGUUUGUUCCUUUUUCUAAUCUAGACAUUUAACUGAAUGACUCACAAAAGCAAAACCUAAGCCACACUAAGCCAUUUACUCUAAUAUAAUGCAUUGUAGUCUUCUUGGGUUGCUAUUACUGCAGAGAUCUGUGAUUUAUCCACGAUCUCACUGUGUAAGAACCAUUUGACCAAGUGAGGGUUGGGGACUGUCUCCUUCAGUUGCUCCCAUUAUGUCUAGUUUACAAAUGUGCUCUUUAAAAGGACAUUAGUAUAGUAGCUUAAACCCCAUCCAUUCUAAUACAAAUUCUUAUUUGUUUCCAAUAUGCUUAUUUAAGAAAAGAAUUUAAAACAUCAUUUACUUUUCAUCGUCUAUGAUGAUCACUCUUCCCCUUCCCAAACUUCUCCACUGAGCCCUCAAUUUCACUUUUUUUUUUUUUAGCUAGUUUCACUUUCCAGAUCUCAUGAACUGUCACACUGCAGCAAAGCUUGGGCUGCAAAUGCCACAGAGGGGAAGUUUUAAAUCCCCAUGAAACAAUUUGUUUGGCAUUAGUUUUUAAGGCAGUAAAUGCAGCAGAACCCCGUUUAUCAGACCGUACUGGGACCGGGGCCAGAUUGGAUCAUCAAAAAUUCCAAUAAUCCAGAGAACGGGAAGUGCUAGGCUGCAAUGCCAUCUAGUGGCCACAGGAGAGAUCUCCUGCUUCUGGACCUGCAUGUGCUGGUUGUUCGGUUAAUACGGAGAGCCAGAUAAAGAAGGGUCAGAUAAAUGUGGUUCUACUGUAUUCAAUAUAUUUUAUAAAGAUAAGGACGGUAAGAUAAUAUCUUUUAUUGGACCAACUUCUGUUGGUGAAAGAAAGCAACUUACACUGUGUAAGCUCAAAACCUUCUCUCUCUCAUCAAGAGAAGUUGGACCUGACCUACCUUCUCCCUCUACUAUCCUGGGACUGAUAUAGCUAAAACAACACUACAUACAAUAUAUUUUAUAAAGACAUUUAAAAAGAAAGCCUACAAUUUAGAGCCUGAAACACCUGACAGUGGUCCUUUAGCUACAAAGUAAAUCUCCCUCAACUAUCUUGAAUAUUAUAUCUUCAUACUGUGUUCUACCAGCCUACUAUUAAAACAUAUUUCAAUUUAAAAGUAGGAAUUUACAGAGGUAGAAUGUAACAGUCUCAUUCAGAAUUUGGCCAAAAAACAAAAGGAUAUCACUUCAAUCCUUUGUAGAUGUUACUUCAGGAUUUGUAAUGACUUCAAAUGAUCAACACAUUGGUUUUGCAGCUCAUCUGAAAGGCAGCAUUGCCAACAGUACAAUGACCCUGAGACACUAUUUAUACACUCAGACGCUGGUGCAAGAGAGACUCAAAGGGAAGCACACCACCAAUGGUGGAUCACAGUGUCCAGACUGGGCCCCCAGCAAGCACAGAGACAGGCCCCCACACUGUCCACAAGAGUAAUAAUUACAUUCUUUCCACCAAGGGGCCUCCUCCAAGCAAGGUCUUCUAAUACCUAGGGAUGAACCUGACACCUACUGAAUCACCAACAGCGCUCCCUACAGAGCACUCAGAUCUCUUCAAAGAUCUGGCAUUCAAACACCAAUCCCAUGAAGGCUACAGUCGUAUGUCUAUGUCACGUGCCUGAAAUAAUUCAGAUUUCCUAUUAAAAAGAACAAAACUACAGAAAAUUCUUGGGGUUCAGGGUCAAAAAUAAUUGGGGUUCCACAAAGAGAACAGUCUCAUUCAGAUCUGAGCGAUUCAGCACCUUAGGCUAUAGAACUAUGAUUAAGAACCCUAGUGCCUGAGCUGUUUAAAAAUAUUUCAGAGUGUAGUUUAGCAGUACAUGCUGCACAGAGCACACAAAGGUCAGAGGUCAAACACCCAGGGCCUCUAAUAAUGCCGCAUAGAAAGGAGAUGUUUAAAAUCCUCUGGGGGAAAACAUGGACAUUGGUAUGGAAGUGUCAGAAGACACUUGAGUCGCCAGUUGGAAAGUGAAAAUGAACACAGGGAAAUUUUAGAGAACCAGAAAAUGAUUAAAGGAAAAACAUCCCACCAAAUAAAUUCAGGGACAUGGAAGGCAUGCACUGUAGACCGCAGACAUCUAACAAGCUACAAGUACUUUGGCAUAAGCCGUGUGAAACGUUAUCAUCAUGGCUACCAAGUCUCAAGGAUGCCUGUGGCAGAUGUGUCUGGUACUGCUGUUCUCCGCUGGAGUCAUGUCACUGGACUGUAACCUGCUUCAUCGCCAGCAAAGCAAAUUUAACUGGUUGAGUCUACAGCUGCUGCAAAACAUGGGUGGGAAGUUUCCUUUGGAGUGUCUGGGGGACAGAACAGCCUUCCACUUUCCUGAGAAGGUUCUGAAGCCCAAAUUUCAACAACAUGCCAUGAUGGCCGUCCAUGAAAUUCUACAGCAGCUCUUUGGCAUCUUCAGCAGGAACCUGAUCCAAACUGGCUGGAAAAGAAGAAACGUGGAGAGGUUCCUAAAUGGGCUCGCUCUGCAGACCGAGCGCCUCGAGACAUGCCUACCUACAAAGGCCGGGGCCAACAUUCUGAGACUGAAGAAAUACUUCCAGAGGAUCCAAGAUUUUCUUAAGGAGAAGAAAUACAGCACCUGUGCCUGGGAGAUUGUCAGAGAGAAAGGGCAGACCUGUCUUCAAUACAUUGACAAGCUCACAAUUAGGAUGAAAAAGUAGGCGACAAACAUUUUACUAUGAACAUUUGAGAAAUUUGGGUGAAGUAACGAACUGGGAGCAGGAAACCAUCUGACCUCAAGCUUAAACUCUAAUAAGGAUUUUGUGACCCUUUUCAAUGGGGAAAAAGCUACAGAACUAUAUGAAUGUACUUCAUGUACUGUGUACAACGUCUCAUCCAAAAGCUAAGAAAUAUUUUAGAGGCCAAAGACAGGUGGAGGGGGAAAAUAUUGUGCAAUUGUUAUUUAUUUUCUUUGUGCAUUGUCAAACUUAUCCUGAUUGUGGGAAUGGAGACUGUCACAUCUAUAUUUAUAUAUUUAUAUAUUUAAAAUAAAAGAAUGACAAAAAAUUGAGCAACUGGUUAGAAUGAAUGUAUUCUGUUGCAUAUGCUCUUGUGAGCCUCACAUAAUGUUUAUGAGUUGAAUGUAACUUGUAUUGGUCUAAGGCAGUGAUAUGCAGACCUCAGUGAUUCAAGGAGCCAAAUUAGUGAUUAACAUUACCCAAAAAAACUGCAGUAGUGUGAAUUCAAUGUUUCAUUUACUUUAUAUAUAUAUAUAUAUAUA